AUGACACAACCUGCCAAGACCACAGCCGGUUUGCUGCCCAUUUCGGCAGCAGCUACACAGAAGUCGGGCUCUGGAGCGACCGCAAGAAAGGCACCCAAGCACCCCGCUCCACGUCUCAAACUUAUCAUUCGACGCUUGCCUCCCGGACUCACGCAAGCCGAGCUGGAGAGUGCUCUCGGAGAUCCGUGGAAGGCUGGAGCAGGCAAGGUCGACUGGCUCCAAUAUAAGCCUGGUAAGGUGUCGAAAGACCUCAACAAACCGUCUCGCCCCUCACGAGCAUAUAUCCACGUUGUGUCCACCGAUUGUGUCUCUUCGCUCUCAGAGACCGUGCGCCAGGCUUCUUUCCAAGAUGCCCGUAACACUUUCCAUGACCCCAUCCUACUUGGACCUCCGUCACUGGAGUUUGCACCCUACGCUAAGACUCCCGGGAGCCGCUCGCGCAAGGAUGCUCGUCAGGGCACGAUUGAUCAAGAUUCAGACUUCAUUGCUUUCUUGGAAAGCCUGACCCAGCCCAUAACCAAGCCCGCUGCUGUGGAUUCCGCGACGGAUACCGAUGACAAGAAAAAGGAAAUUGUCAUGACAACCCCGCUCGUGCAAUUCAUCAAAGACAAGAAAGCCAGCAAGUCAAAAGAUAACGCCUCGUCGAAGUCCAAGCAUAGUCGGUCGGAAAAGGAAUCGAAGCAGGAGAAAGUGCAGGCGAAGAAAGUUCUACAGCGAGGUGAUAAGGAGACCACCGUCAAUUCUUCCGAUAAGAAAUCUAAAGGAGAAAAGCCGAGCAAGGACUCUGCAAAGGUCGCCAAACAAGGCAGCGCUUCCAAUCCGAAGGGAGGCAAGUCAAGUACCAACGCUACAAAAGAAACGACCGCAGCUUCUGAGCGGAAAAGAGAGCGCGGGAAUGUCGCAGUGACCACCAAAAUUCUUCAGCGUGAUCCUGGGCUAUCCACAUCUGGCGGGCGACGACGUGGCAAAGGUGGUUCGACCGAUACUGCCUCCUCCAAGAACGAGAGCUCUCGAGACUCGCCUGUCUCUUCAGCCGAUGCGCCAAAAAGAGAGGCACCCAGACAGCCCAAAAAUGCAUCAUCUAUAGCCAAUUCUACAAAGCUCAAAGAUGGCGACUCGUCCUCACGAGCCAAUGCGGCACCUGUUCCAGUUACAAAUCCGCCCGCGAAAUCUACUAAAAGCGGCAAGGCAAAACCGCCAUCCACUGCCAAACAAGCUUUCCUUAAACACGCCAACCCAUCUCAGGGGGUGACUGAGGCACUCCUGGAGUCUGCAUUCACCCCGUUCGGAGCAGUAACCAAGGUUGAGAUCGAUAAGAAGAAGGGAUUUGGAUAUGUUGAUUUCGCUGAACCGGAAGGACUUCGCAAGGCCAUCGCUGCUAGCCCUGUUUCGGUGGCCCAAAGUCAAGUGGUGGUGUUGGAACGCAAAGAAAAUCCCGGGGUUGAAAAGUCUCGCAAAGGUCGCGAGGCUUUCACUUCCAACAAGGCCAAGACAGUUCCCGAGGCUGCGGGAGGCGCUGCGGGAGCUGGGGCAGUUGACGGUACUACGGCAGGUAACACUGGCUCCUCGCGCGGAUCUCGUGGAGGACGUGGGUCGCGGAAUAAGGGACCCAAGGGAGGCGCUGGAGCUUCGGGGAAGACUGGAGGCGCCGAGGCGAAGUAG